AUGGAGUUGGGAGAUUAUGAACAGCCCGUUGUUAUGAGAGAGGAAAACAAACGAAGGAGAAGAAGAAUGAAACCGCACUGUACGUCAAGCAAUUUGUCAUCAAUGGAACUGAUAUCCAUUGAGUUUAUUUUACCUACAAGCAAUAAACAUACCAAAGUACCAGAAAUGAUGUUACUCGAAAUAGCUGGCAACUGUACGGUUGAGCAAAUGAAAGCACAGAUUUGGAUGCGUGCAAUAGAGAUGAGUCAGACCACAGACUUCUACCACACAUUCACCCCAGAUCAAUUUAUUCUGCAGUAUCAGAAGAAGGGGCAGUGGUAUGAAAUUUAUGACAAACAUCAAGUAUUACAGACGUUGGACUGCAUACUGUACUGGAAAGUGUUACAGAAGAAGGUAGGCAAGAUCUAUGUUGUCCAGAAACAAAAACCAUCAGAAGAAGUUCAGGAAUUUCAGCGGCAGCUUAACGAUUUAAUUGGUUACGAUGUUACUGAUGUAAGCAACGUGCAUGAUGAUGAACUAGAAUUUACCCGUCGCAGAUUAGUCACGCCACGAAUGAUAGAAGUAGCCUGUAGAGAUCCAAAAUUGUAUGCAAUGCACCCAUGGACUACAUCUAAGCCACUCCCAGAAUAUUUAUUUAAGAAAAUCACUAAUAAUAACAUUUUCAUAAUCAUACAUAGAGGAACAACUAGCCAAAAAAUUAAAGUGUCAAUUGAUGACACUCCAGAUAUAAUUCUCCACAGCUUUUUCACAAAAAUUGCAAAAAAGAAGUCUUUGAUGGACAUUCCUGAAGAUCAUAGUGAACUGGAUUUUGUUCUCAGGAUUUGUGGCAGAGAUGAGUACAUUACUGGAGAGACACCAAUCAAAGAUUUUCACUGGAUAAGACAGUGCCUUAAGAAUGGGGAAGAAAUUCACCUUGUCUUAGACAAUCCUCCUGACCCGAGUGAGGAUGAGGUUCAGAAGGAGGAGUGGCCCUUGGUGGAUGACUGUACAGGAGUUACAGGGUAUCAUGAACAAUUGACGAUAGAUGGAAAAGAUCAUGAGAGAGUCUUCACUAUCUCUUUGUGGGAUUGUAAUAGGAAAUUUAGGGUGAAAAUAAUUGGCAUUGAUAUCCCAGUUUUACCUAGAAAUACUGAUCUUACUGUGUUUGUGGAGGCUAACAUUCAACACGGGCAGCAGCUCCUGUCACAGAGGAGGACUCCAUCGAAGCCUUUUACUGAGGAGGUUCUGUGGAAUAUUUGGUUGGAAUUUGAUAUCAAAAUUAAGGAUUUGCCUAAAGGAGCACUCCUGAAUCUUCAGAUAUACUGUGGCAAAGCACAGGGAGUGUCCACAAAGACAAACCUUCAGUCACAUGAAUCCCCCAACUCUGAUUCAAAAUGCAAAACUCAACUUCUCUAUUAUGUAAAUCUUUUGUUGAUAGAUCACCGUUUCUUGCUACGAAGUGGGGAGUAUGUCCUCCACAUGUGGAAAAUUCCAGGCAAGGGGGAAGAACAAGGAAGCAUCAAUGCAGACAAGCUCACAUCAGCAACUAACCCGGAUAAAGAAAACUCAAUGGCUAUCUCUAUUGUACUGGACAAAUAUUGUCACCCAAUUGCCUUGCCCAAGCACAGGAUAACAUCCGAGCCCCAAGGGGAUAGGACACGAGCUGAAAUGCCCAACCAGCUUCGCAAGCAACUUGAGGAGAUCAUAGCAACUGACCCACUUAAUCCACUUUCUCCUGAGGACAAAGAACUGUUGUGGCACUUUAGAUAUGAAAGCGUAAAGCACCCCAAGGCGUAUCCUAAGCUGCUUAGCUCUGUGAAAUGGGGACAACAAGAAAUAGUGGCCAAAACAUACCAGUUGCUAGCUAAAAAGGAGGUUUGGGAUCAAAGCACUUUAGAUGUCGGACUCACAAUGCAACUUCUGGACUGUAACUUUUCAGAUGAAAAUGUCCGAGCAAUGGCAGUUCAAAAACUGGAAAGUUUAGAAGAUGAUGAUGUUCUUCAUUAUCUUUUACAGCUUGUGCAGGCUGUGAAAUUUGAGCCGUAUCAUGACAGCGCAUUAGCCAGAUUUCUGCUAAAACGUGGUUUGAGAAACAAAAGAAUUGGUCACUUCUUGUUUUGGUUCUUAAGAAGUGAGAUUGCCCAGUCCAUGCAUUAUCAACAGAGGUUUGCGGUCAUCCUGGAAGCCUAUCUUAGGGGCUGUGGAAAAGCAAUGCUACACGAUUUCAUGAAGCAGGUUCAAGUAAUUGAAUUGCUGCAUAAAGUCACAAUGGAGAUAAAAUCAGUUUCUGCAGAAAAGUAUGAUGUCACUUCUCAAGUUAUUGCACAGCUGAGACAAAAGCUUGAAAAACUACAGAACAGCAAACUUCCAGAAAGUUUCAGAGUUCCAUAUGAUCCUGGGCUAAGAGCAGGAGCCCUAGUGAUAGAAAAAUGUAAAGUAAUGGCAUCUAAGAAGAAACCCCUCUGGCUUGAGUUUAAAUGUGCAGACCCAACAGCUCUAUCAAAUGAAACCAUAGGCAUAAUCUUCAAACAUGGAGAUGACCUCCGUCAGGACAUGCUUAUUUUACAGAUUCUUCGAAUUAUGGAAUCCAUUUGGGAAGCAGAAUCCUUGGACCUCUGCUUAUUACCGUAUGGUUGUAUUUCUACAGGGAACAAAAUAGGAAUGAUCGAAAUUGUGAAAGAUGCUACAACAAUUGCCAAAAUUCAGCAGAGUACAGUUGGCAACACUGGUGCAUUUAAGGAUGAAAUACUAAACCAGUGGCUCAAGGAAAGAUGCAUGAUUGAAGAGAAGUUUCAGGCAGCUGUGGAAAGAUUUGUUUAUUCUUGUGCUGGAUACUGUGUGGCAACCUUUGUCCUUGGAAUAGGAGACAGGCACAAUGACAACAUUAUGAUUACAGAAACAGGUAACCUUUUCCAUAUUGAUUUUGGCCACAUUCUUGGGAAUUAUAAAAGCUUCCUUGGAAUCAAUAAGGAAAGAGUUCCUUUUGUGCUGACUCCAGAUUUUCUGUUUGUCAUGGGGACUUCCGGAAAGAAGACAAGUCUCCAUUUCCAUAAAUUUCAGGAUGUAUGUGUGAAGGCUUAUUUAGCUCUUCGACACCACACAAACCUGCUGAUCAUCCUGUUCUCCAUGAUGCUAAUGACUGGAAUGCCCCAAUUAACCAGCAAAGAGGAUAUUGAAUAUAUCCGGGAUGCACUGACAGUAGGGAAGAGCGAAGAAGAUGCCAAAAAGCAUUUUCUUGAUCAGAUCGAGGUUUGCAGAGAUAAGGGCUGGACUGUGCAAUUUAAUUGGUUUUUACAUCUUGUGCUUGGAAUCAAACAAGGAGUAGAAAAGCAUUCUGCUUAA